AUGAAGUACCAGCAGUUCCGGGCCUUGAUGUUUGCAGUCACAGAGAUCAACAAGAAUCUGGUUCUCCUCCCCAACAUCACCCUUGGUUUCCACAUCUAUGACAAUCACCAGAUUGAGAUGAGGAUUUAUUUAACUAGUCUCUCCUUGCUCUCCACGCGAGGCCAAAUGGUUCCAGAAGAAUCUCACUUUCUCCAGCUCGGUCUUGGCUUUGAGUUCUCUCAGGGGGAGAAAUCAGUUUAUCCUUCCUUCUUCCGGGUUAAUCCCAGGGAAUUUCCUCAGAAUGUGGGUAUAGUCCAGCUGCUCCUGUAUUUCCAGUGGAACUGGGUUGGACUCUUGGUCUCUAAAGAUGACAGUGGAGAACGCUUUAUCUCAUCUCUGAUGCCGAUGCUGAAGGAGAAGGAGAUCUGCCUGGCCUUCACUAAAAGGUUGAAAUCAGAUGACCUUUCAAAUACAAUGCUCAGAUUCCUUUGGCUUUUGAAAUCUUCCUUUAAAAUUGAAGUGAUUGUCCUCUUUGGAGACUACAGAAUAAUUGCAACUUUGCAGGGUGCUCUGUAUUCUUAUGAACAAUGGAUAAAAACAUCGUAUGGCAAAGUCUGGGUAAUAACAUCCCACUGUGAACUUAGUGGGAUGGGAUCGCUAGACACCCUGGAAUAUAUGAAGCCCUUCCACGGGGCUUUGCAUUUUAGGGACCACACUGGGGAUGUCCCAGAAUUCAGCCACUUCCUCCUGUCUUUAGAUCCUUUCAACUCACAGGGUGACAUCUUUCUUCUGCAAUGGUGGGAAAGGGUCUUUGACUGCAAGUUCUACAAAGAAGGCAAAACCUCGAAUGUGGAAGACAAAACAUGCACGGGAAAGGAGAAUUUGCAGACUCUGCCAGCUUUCAUAUUUGAGACAAGCAUGACAGGUGACAGUUACAAUGUCUAUAAUGCCAUUUAUGCUCUGGCACAUGCAUUACAUGCAAUGUAUGGAUCAGGAAUGAGACCAGCCAUGAAGAGGUUUGGAAAGAGGAUCUCAAAUGUCCAAUCAUGGAAGGAGUCUCCACGUAACCUGUUUAGGAUGCCAGAUGCAGCCCACUGUGACCCUUGUCCAGAAGACCAAUACCCCUGCAAAGACAAGGACCAUUGCAUUGCCAAGAAGCUCCACUUCCUUUCCUAUCAAGAUACUCUGGGAUACAUUUUAGCUUCUUUAACACUUUCUCUCUGUGUGAUCAGUUUGGUGGUUCUGAUGAUUUUCCAUAAACAUCAUGACACACCAAUUGUCAAGGCCAACAACCGAGAUCUCAGCUACAUCCUCCUGGUCUCCCUUCUGUUCUGCUUUCUUUGUUCCUUUCUCUUCAUUAGUCGACCUGGGAAGUUCACUUGUCUUUUACGACAAACAGCCUUUUCCAUUCUGUUUUCCCUUGCAGUUUCUUCUAUAUUAGCAAAAACUGUCAUAGUGAUUCUAGCCUUCAUGGCUACCAAGCCAGGAAACAGGACAAGGAAACUCUUAGGAAAACCUCUGACCAACUCCAUAGGCUUUGGAUGCCCCCUGGUGCAAGCAGUUCUUUGUGCCAUUUGGCUGAUAAUAUCUCCACCAUUUCCGAACUUGGACUUCCACUCAUUGAUUGGAGAGAUCAUCUUAGAAUGUAAUGAAGGCUCAGCUUCAAUGUUUUACGCUGUCCUCGCCUACCUGGGUUUCCUGGCCUUGGUCAGUUUUACUGUGGCCUUUCUGGCUAGGAAAUUACCAGAUAGUUUCAAUGAAGCCAAGUUCAUUACUUUCAGCAUGCUGGUCUUUUGCAGUGUUUGGAUCUCCUUCCUUCCCACCUACCUGAGCACCAAAGGGAAGUCCAUAGUGGCUGUGGAGAUCUUCUCUAUCUUGGCCUCUGGGGCUGGUCUCUUGGCUUGCAUCUUUUUCCCCAAAUGCUACAUUAUCCUACUAAGACCCAAUCUGAAUUGUAGAGAGAAUAUAAUGAGGCAAAAGAACCUAUGA